CUGGUCCACAUGAUGGAGGUGCGGACGAGUGUUACAGCGGUCACGGUCCUAUUGGCUCUCCUCUGCGCGGUAGCAACCGGAGAUGACUACGUUCCUUCAAAACUUUAUGCCGAUUCGAGCCCUGGAUCCAUGUACGACGUAGAUGGCGUCGCGACGCAACCAGAAGAUGACAAUGAUGUAGACGAUUUGUUGAUGACUGUAAUAGCACGUCUAAUACAAAACAUUGAUCCUAAUAAACUUGACAAAGCCUCCACCCACCGACUCCUCGCCGCAAUCACCGGGCUAAACCCCCCGCAACAAAUCCACCUAAGCAAAGCAUUACUCGACGAAAACCUCGAUCCCGCCAACGCGGAUUUCAUGAUCCCCGAUGACGAUAAACGAAGUCGAUGCCGCGGUAGGCAAUGCCGGAAUGUUGGAGGUCUUAACCCAAACGCUAACCUACGCCCUCUGCCGUUCGGAAAACGAUCGCGGUUCAGCGGCGCAUCGCAACACCAAGGAUCACUGUCAUCAUCGUCGUUGGGCGAUUUCUCGAACAAGAGAGGGCGCACUAAAAACAGGAUACGAGAGAGAGUACCCCACUUCCUGCCUUUCGGUAGACGAUAGGGGGACAAAAGGGAUCCCAUUUCUAAUGCUAUUUUAGACGAUAUAAUUUUAAAACAAGAUACCACUGAGUAUAAUCAAUACAAGGUCAAUGUAAAACAAAGAAAGAAAAUGCCUUAGUACUGUAGCUAAAUUUAAUCCACAAUAACUCUUAAGGAGAUUAAUAUCAAUAUUAUUCGUGUGAACGAUUAACAAACCUUUGAUUAACUGAUUUAUUGUCAUCGAAUUUGUUUUCUCAAAAAAGGGGUUAGAUAAAUUUGACUUCAAUUUUCAGGAAUUUGGAUACGUUGAAUUAUUACAAAUGGGAUGGGAGAAGGUUUUUUUCUCAAAACCAAAAUACCAAAAUAAUAAGGUGAAAUAUUUGCCAUAUCUAUCACUUUAUUGUAUGCUGGAAAGAUUACGUUGUUACUCUCCCC